ACAGAGUUCAUUAUCCUGGGUUUCCCUGGCACCCGAAAAGUAAAAGUCUCACUCUUCAUCCUCUUCCUAGCCAUGUACCUUCUCUCCAUCACUGGCAACAUUGCUAUAAUCAUCACCCUCAGGAUGGACAGAUGCCUCCAUACUCCCAUGUACCUCUUCCUGGGGAAUCUGACUUUCCUGGACAUGGGAUAUACCUCAACCACAGUCCCCAAGCUACUGUCCAUCCUGCUCACAGAGGUGAAAACUAUUCCCUUGGCUGGCUGCUUGCUGCAAUCUUAUGUCUUCUUCCUUUACACGGCUGAAUGCUUCCUCCUUGCAGUGAUGGCCUAUGACAGAUACGUAGCCAUAUGUUACCCUCUCAGGUACUUCACCAUCAUGAACAAAGGAGUGUGCAUGUUGCUGAUUAUUAGUUCCUGGAUUGGUGGGUGUCAGGAACCAUUGGUGGCUGCCUUUUUGGUGAUCAGUUUACCAUUUUGCGGCUCCAACGUGGUCAACCAUUUCUUUUGUGACAUCCCACCACUGCUAAAAUUGGCCUGCGUGGACACAUACAGAACACAGAAGGCCAUAUUCAUGCUUUCUGCCUUAGUGAUUCUCAGCACAUUCCUGUCCACUCCGGUCUCGUAUAUGUACAUUGUCAUCACCAUAUUGAGGAUCCCUUCUGCUGAAGGCCAGCAUAAAACUUUCUCUACCUGCACCUCCCACCUGACUGUAGUCUCUUUGUACUACGGGACUGUGAUUUUCAUGUAUGUGAGCCCAACGGCCCGAUCCUCCUUUAACAUGAACAGAAUUGUAGCUGUUGUGCAUAGCGUAAUCAAUCCAACAUUGAACCCAAUGAUCUAUAGUCUAAGGAAUCAGGACAUGAAAAGAGCACUGUGGAAAAUAUUCUUCAAAAGAUGA